AUGUACACUUGGAUGGAGCAGCAGAGGUCUAAGGGAGUGUUUGUUAAGGGACCGUUGUUAAGUGAGAAGGCUUUCUUCUUUGCCGAACAAUUUUACCCUGGCCAAAACUUUCUGGCUAGCUGUGGAUGGUUAGAUAAUUUCAAAGCCCGACAUGGAAUUCGAUGGACGACACUUCAAGGGGAAUCACAAUCAGCUGAUGUUAACUCGAUUGACCCGUUCAAAUCCAAACUUGAAGGCAUCAUUGAGGAAAAUCAGUUGACAAGAGAUCAAGUUUUUAACGGCGAUGAGACAGGUCUUUGGUGGCGGCUAAUGCCUAAUCGUUCGCAUAAUUUAAUGGAGAUCAUCAAAUGCGGUUGUAAGACCGGGUGCAAUCAAGGCAGAUGUCAGUGCAAUAAAAUGAACAUGAAAUGCUCCGAUCUUUGUCAAUGUACAAACUGUCAGAACAGAGAUGAUAAAGACACCAUGAAUGAAGAUGCUCAAUUUGCAGACGAUGAAUACCUAGACAAAAUGUACAUAGAUGAUUUGUUUGAUUGA